GACAAAUAGAAACAAAUCAAACAAUAAGCAAAGAGAACAGGCCAUGGCCAAUCCACUCACUUCCAAUUUCUUUCUCUUCUUCAUCUCCACACUGACCAUCCUCUACGUAAACUACACCUUCCCCAGGUUCCAGCAACCACUACCAAACCAAACCAACCUCGUCUUCUACGUCCACGACCACUUCACCGGCGAAGACACCACGGCAGCCACCGUCGCCGGCAACAGCGGAACCGCCUCCAGCAUCCUUCGCUUCGGCACGGUGGCGGUAGUGGACGACCCUGUAACAGAGGGACCUUCCAUCGACUCAGCGCUCAUUGGCAGGGCACAGGGCGUGUACAUAAACUCGCAGCUUGACGGGAAGGGGCUGUACAUGGUUUUCUCUGUGAUCUUCACCGGCGGUGAGUUCAGAGGGAGUAGCUUGGAGAUUCAGGGUUCUGAUAUCUUCACGAUGAAGGAACGAGAAUUUGGAGUUGUUUCGGGUACUGGUUAUUUUCGGUUUGUGAAAGGGUAUGGGAUUAUGGAAACAGAGUUCAUGGAUAUAGAGAAUCUAAGAGCUACUCUUAAGCAUAAUAUAACAGUCAAGCAUUAUUGAUUAGGAAACUUCUACUAUUAUUUUCUUUUUGUCUAAUUUGUUCUAUCACCUUAAUAAUGUUGUUUAUAAAUUGGGGUUGUUUAAUUUA